UAUCUGGAAACAAUGGAGCAUCUUCUUCAGACAAAAGGCAAAGGAGUCUUGAUGUUUGCUAAGAGACGCCAAAGGAUGGAUGAACUUUCCGCAGAACAAGAGGAAAUGAGGCUAAAGAGUAUAACAGAGGAUGCAUUUGUAGAAUCUGAAGUAGAAAUUGCAAAGCCUGCUCCACAAGAGGAAGAUGGCUAUGAUAGACAACAACACCAGUUUCAAGAACAGCCAUAUCAGCAACAGAUUUUACCUCAGCCAAAAAAUGGUUUGAAUGAUCUGAAUUCAUACCAAAGUUCGACUGAUUCCAGAACCCUUGUGCCAAACAGAACCGCUAAGCCUUUCCUAUCUGGUCAUAAUCAAGGCUCAGUAUCCAGUCCCACAACUAAGAAAACUGAAAACAUAUUCAAAGUUCCAGUGCCUGUUCCAGUGAACACAACCCCACGGGUCUGGUCCCCAACAGCAGACAUAAUUGCUUCACGAGAUGAACGUAUCGCUAUACCUGCAGUCAAGACAGGGAUCCUGUCAGAAACAAAAAGGAGAGGAGCGAGCAAGUCAGACUUGAAAGAGAUGCCAAAGUCUCAAAAGAAGGGUGAACCAAGGUCAUUAACAGAGUCUGGUCCAGAAGAAGACUUUCUCAGUCUGGGUGCUGAAGCAUGCAAUUUCAUGCAAGCCCCAACAAUCAAGCAGAAAAAUCCUCCACCUGUCUUACCCAAGCCUGUAAUCAACUCCGCUCGUCCUCCCUGGUCUGCACAAGGUCGUGCCUCCCGCAGUCCCCUUCCGUUAUCAAACUCGGGUACAGGUGUGGGAAACCAGGUACAGAGAGCACCUCAACAAAACCCAUCACAGCCCAUUAGCAAAGCUUGGACCUCAUUGCCAUCCCAGCCAAUUUCACAGCAGGGUUGGACUCCAAUCCAGACACCAGCUUUGUUUCAAUCAGCACGGACUCCACCAGUCUCACCCCAUGCUGGUCCCUCCCAGUCUAAAAUGUCAUGGACUAAUUCACAAACGGUUGCAAACUCAGUUGCUUCCUGCCCACCACAGCAUAGAAGCACAAACUAUAAUGCACCAAAGGCUUCAUCAGCUUCUCCUAAAGGUUAUUCAUCAGAUGCAGGUGCUACUGCGGGACUAAUCCUCAAAGGAAAAGGAGCUGAACUGUUUGCUCGGAGACAGUCCCGGAUGGAGAAAUUUGUGGUGGAUGAUGAGACUGUACAAGCUAACAAAGCCAGAUCUCCAUCACCAACAUUUUCAAUGCCAAGCACUUGGAAAUACUCUUCCAAUGUUCGGGCCCCACCACCGCUGUCCUACAAUCCCAUUUUGUCUCCCUUUUAUCCCCUCGCAGCGGUUAAACAAAUCCCUUCUGAAAUUAGCCCAAAAACUGAACCCAAAAUAAAGGAGAAAGCCAAAUCACCAGCCAAACAUCUAAAUGCUCUGGAUGUCAUGAAACAUCAGCCUUACCAGCUGGAUUCCUCACUCUUUACCUACAACUCCACUCCAGAGGCCAUGGAAACAAGCUCUAAGUUGUCUGGCCAAGCACAGUCCCCCAUAUUUGAGCCUUCCAUGAUGCUCUCUCCCUCCCCAAACAGUUUAACCAAAAGUUUACAGCCAGUUAAGCAAAAUCCAUCCAAAGCUAGUGGACAGGGAUUCAGCAGGAGCCGUUCUAUGUCUCUCCCCCAGAAACCAUUAUCUGUGUCUCCAUCCUCUCCCGUGUCCUCCCCCACCAUAGGUGUCCAUCCCGCACGUGAAUUACUAAGCAGGCAAUAUUCAUGGGUGGAACAACCCAAAACACCACUCUCUGCUUGGGAAGAAUUUGCUCAAAGCCCUCUUAGUCUGGAUAGGGCCAAGCUUUCUAGAACUCAAAGAAAGUCAUUACCUGAAACACCAGCAGAAUGGAAACAAAGGGUGUACUACGAGUCUUUCACUGAUCCACAAGAGAUAGUGCCAAUGAAAGCUGUUAAAUCCACCUCUGACACCUUUUCUUCAGUCACAAGAAAACCAAUCUUAUAUGGACCACCUUUUCGUCCUGCACAGCCUCUGGGACCCAGCAACAGGUACAACAGAGGUAAUUCUCUGCCCAGGAGUUUUAAACCAUCACUUCAAACCAGCUAUACACAAUCACAAAGAGUCAGUUGGAAAUUGUGAUUGUGAAGAGUUAUCAAGAAUAUUGCCACUGUCCUUCUGAAACCUUGUAUUUCCAUAUUUCGUGUUUUAU